AUGGAUCUGCUUUCAAGUAUCCGCAAGACCGGUUCCAGAGGAGGCGUCAACUUUAGCUGGGAUGAAGUCGCAAGCUCUUCCCAUCGCGAAAACUAUCUCGGUCACAGUCUAAAAGCACCUGUUGGACGCUGGCAAAAAGGACGCGAUCUCAACUGGUAUGCCAAAGCGGAAGACGACUCUGGAGAACCUAACGAAGAUGGUGAGACCGAGGAGGAGCGUCGGGAGAGAGAACGAAAGGAAGAAUUGCGCAAAGUCAAGGAGGCUGAGGAGGACGCCAUCGCUAAAGCCCUGGGUCUGCCACCCCCUGUGCGGAACUCUUCUGGUGCAAAUGCAGUAGAGGUCGAUCCCAGUAAACGAAAGGUCGGCCCAGAAAGCGGUCCUGUUGAGGAAACUGGAAUCCAAAAGAGUGAGCGCUCAAGACGUCAUGAUGAUACCGAGAGACGAGAACGACGAAGACAGCGAAGUCACGAUCGCGAUCAUGAUCGUGAGCGCCGUCAUCGACGACACAGGAGGAGUCGAAGUCGCGACCGUGAUGGAGGCAGGGAACGAGAUGAGGAUAGACCAAGGCACAGACACAGAGAUAGGGAUGGUGAUAGGGAAAGGAUAGGAGCAGGGAGCGCCGCCGAUCGAGAUCGAGAGAUAGACGCAGACGCAGUGCCAGUCCUAGGCGUCAUCGUCGAGACUGAAGUCCCAGCUUCUGGUCUUGAACUCAACAUCAGUCGAACAUAA